ACACUAUAAGUGCUGUUUCCUUCGCCCCCCCGACCCAAUUGCUUAGAUUCUAAAGGACAACAUGAAGGCUCUAUAUAUUGUUGUAUUGCUCACGUACGUAGUAUACACCAAUCAAGAUCCCAUAGAAAGCUUGGAAGAUGUUCUAGUCUACGCCAUGGAGCCACCUACGAAAAUACAUAAACGUGAAAGCGAAGACGUAAAAAUCAAGAAGAAUAAAUUCGUCGAGUUUGUGGAAGAAAAACUGAUACAGCACACGCAAGCUUUGGAGCACCUUAUUAAAACGGCAACAAAUAAUGGGGAAUUAAUUAAAACUCUUAUCGAAAAUCUCAGUCAUAAAAUGGAUGAACCGAAAAUGCCUGAGAAAAUUGAGUAUCGUCGUUCGUACGGUGGAAGUCCUAUAAUUUUGCCGGAAAACCAAAUCAAUCGACCAAGCCCUUGGUGUGCAGUUGCUGUAGUAUGCCGUAGAACCUUCAACCCUGUGUGUGGUUAUGACGAUAAUUUUGGAUAUGGAAAAUUCGAUGAUCUUUGCCAUAUGUUGCAAGUUAACUGCUAUUGGAAGUAUAAUUUCGCUUUAGCGCCCACAUGUCGACCUGGAUUGGCUAAUUGAAUUGUACCCCAAUUGAUAUUUGUUAAGAAUAUUAAAUUAACUUUAAAUUA